CCAAGGGGGACACGUGUCCUGUCUGUCCCGAACUGAGGUGCAUGGAAAAAGGGCAUUGUCAUAAAGGAUGAGAAAGAGGUGAAAGAGUGAGGAUAAUGAUCUGGAUACAUGUAGCGCUUGAGUGCUUACCAAGGCUUUGUCAUUGUCACACACACCCGGUUCAACUGUCACACAAUCUCCGAUCUGUAUUUCCGCCUCCGAUUCUCACAUAAAAACCUGACUGCCAAGACUCAAACGCUUCUUUCUUUUCACAAAUACGUGAUGGACGACAAGAAUUAUUCGCUGUACGGGCUUCCCGUCGCCAUUGUCCUGGCGUACGUUCCUCAUGUGGUCAAGGGCGCUAUAAUCACCAAGUCUCUGGGAAAAUACAACAAUGUCAACCCUAGAUCACAGCUCGAGAAGGUGCAAUCGCGCAUGACAAAGGCGUCGUAUGAGAUGGCCAAACGGGCGGACGCGGCACACCACAAUGGGCUCGAAAUCUUCCCCAUAUUCGCUGGGGCAGUGUUGGCCGGCAAUUUUGCUGGGUUGCCAAACAGCACUCUCAACAAGUAUAGUGCUGUUUUCCUUACCGCUCGGUUCUUUUACAAUUUUGUGUACAUCAAGAAUUCAAACUCAAUCGUCGCUGGAUUGAGAUCGUUGAUUUGGAUGGUUAGCAUAGUAUCCUGUUUUGGACUUUAUUUGGAGGCUGCGAAGGGCAAGCUUUAAGAAAGUUUGGCGAGUCUGUAGAGCCCGCAAAGGUCUUAGAUCUAACAAAAUCCUCAUAGAUUUUCUAAUACUAGUCAAAUACGCACUAGAGAUUUUUCGAUGCUUAUUCCCAUGAUUAUGACUUCCUGAUCCAAACCCGC